AUGCAAAACUAAGUGGAUCUAGAUAUUGAUACAGGUCAAUUUGAUACUAUGGAGAGAGACUUUUAGGAGGUCUUACGAGAUUUAGGGACUGAUUAAAACUUAGAAAGAUUUCGAUCUGAAUUUGAUAAGCUUUAUCGUUCGCUUAAAAUCAUUCAUGAGAAUCAAAGACGAUUAAUCAGUAAAUGUAGGGAGUAUAAUGCAGAAAUCUCUUAAAAUGCAUCAAAAGUAUAUAUUUAUUAUGAUUAUAGAUUCAAACUGUUUUAAAAAUGACUGCUGAUGAUUCUGCUGCAAUCUAAUAAUUGAAGACUCAAUUAGAAAAAGCAUACAAAGUGUUGGAAAUUCAAUAAGAUAGGGAAGAGAAGCAUAAAUAAAAGAUUAAAAUACAAGAAAAUGAAAUCAAGUAUAUAUUAUGUAACCAUGUAGAUAACUUAAUCAAACAAUUGAAUAAAGUAAAGCUUUAAAUUCAGGUUAAACUACUACAGUUCAUGAAUUACUAUAGAGAAAAUAAGAAUUAUUAAAAGAAAAAGAAAUUUUAUAAAUUUAAGUAUUGGGAACAAGAUCAGAAAAUUAAUCAAUUCAAGAUAGAAUUAAAUCUCUUGAAGCAUCUAAAGAAUCUGUAACAAAGGAAAAUAAAGUUUUAUAAUAAAUGAAAGCUGAAUUGGAGGAGAAAUUAUAAAAACAUGAAGAUGCUAAAAAUGGAACUUAAGCAGAAUUAGAAAAGAUUAAAAAGGAUUUUGAUUCUCUAAAAGAAGAUGAAAAAUAAUUAGGUAAUGAGAGAAAAAAAAUAAAAAGUGAAAUUGAAAAGGUUACUCUUUAAAACAGUGUGAAAACAAAGGAAAUAGAGAAUUUUAAAUAAGAAAAAAAUAGAGUAGAAAAGGAAUUAAGAGAUAUAAAAGAAAAAUUAGAUUCUGUAGAGAAAAUAAACGAAUAAAUAGAAGAAAAAAUAAAAGAAACUAGAUAGUAAAUUGAAUAAUUUGAGAUUGAAAUUACUUAAUUACAUUAAAAGAUUAAUGAAGGAGAAGAGAAAAAGAAAAAAAUGACAGAAUUAGUGAAAGAAUAAGAAGAAUUAGCUAAAAAGAUAGAAGAAGAAAAACAAUUAGCAAAUAAUGGUUUAAAUUAAUUAGAAGAUGAUAUUUAAGUUGAAAGAAGAUAAGCUUCAGAAGAUAGAUAAAUUAUUGAAGAUUUAAGAAGGGCUAGAAAUAUAUUAUAAAAAGAAAUUGAUAGAUGUGAUAAUAAUAAUAAAAAAAUUGAAGAAGAUUUUAUAGCUAAAUAAAAAUAUUUAAGUGAAAAAUAAAAUGAAUUAGGAGGUUUACAAAAGAAGAUUGAUUAUUUAAAUAAAAAAAUAGCAAAUGUUGAGAAAGAAACAGAAUAAUAAUGUUUAUAAUUUUCAUAAGCUUAAACUAAAUAUUUUCAUUCGUUAGAUGAAAUUAAAUUAAAAGAUUCAUUAAUAAGUGAAUUCUAAAAAAAAAAUAUAGAAACUGAAGCUAAAUUAAAAUAGUAGCAAAAUCUUUAUGAAACAGUUCGAAGUGAUAGAAAUCUUUAUUCAAAAAAUUAUACAGAAAAAUAAUAGGAAAUUGAAAAAAUGAGAAGAAGUUAUAAAAUUGUUAACCAUUAGAUUUCUUAAUUAAAAGAAGAAAUAGAAGCAAAGGGAAAUGCAUUAGCAAAGGAACAUUUAGAACAUAAAAAAAAAGAUAAAACAAUUGAAGAAUAAUCAAGAGUUUUGGAAAAAUACAAAACAGAUAUAGAUGAAAAAGCUGAAAAAAUAAAUAAGUAUAUAAAGAGAGUUGAUAAGCUUCAAUUUACAAUAAAAGAUGAAGAAUAAUAGAUUCAGAAUCUAAAAGAAGAAUUUGAAUUAGUUGUGGCUGAAAGAGAUAUUUUAAGUACUUAAUUAAUAAGAAGAAUAUCAGAAACUAAUCUACUUUAUGAAAAAAUUAAAAUUAAUGAAAGUACUCUUAAAAAAGGGGAAUAAUAAUAUCGAGAGAGAUUAGGAGAUAUUUAAAUGUUAAAAGAAAAAAUAGCUGACUAUAAAAGAGAAAUUAAAGUUUUUAAAAGAGAAGCAGAUACAAUUAAAGAUUUAGAGGGAGAUAUACACAAUUUAACUAAAGAAUUAACAGAAGAGAAAUUGAAAGCCAAAGCAUUAACAGAAGAAUUAGAAAAUCCAAUGAAUGUUCAUAGAUGGAGAAAGUUAGAAGCGACAGAUUCUGAAAAUUAUGAAUUAAUGACUAAAAUUCAUAGUCUUUAAAAGAGACUUAUCUAAAAAACAGAAGAAGUUUUAAUUAAAGAGAAGGUUGUAGAAGAGAAGGAAAAAGAAUUGAAAGCCUUAAAAGAUGAGAUGAAACGAAAGCCAGGACUUGAAGAUUAGGCUAUGAUACCAUAUUAUUAAGAUAGUCUUAGGUAGAAGGAAGAAUAAAUGAAAGCAAUGGAUUAAGAAUUAAGUAUGUAUUAAUCCCACAUAAAUGAAUAUAAAUUAGAAAUAGAUAGAAUCAAUAAAGUAAUAGUUUUAUACAUAUUUUAGGAAUUAUAAAGAGUGAAGUAGAAAUACUUUAAUUAAAAGAAGAGAGAACAGUAACAAAGAGAUCUUCGUAUAUAGGAAGAAUAAGGAUAAUCGAUUUAAGUAAUUUUACCAGAGAAAAAAUUUGUGGGUGGUGGAUUUGCUUUAUAAAAGUGAAAUAUCAAC